UACAAAAAUGUAGAGAGAAAUCCUCCGUAUUGCUGGCUUACCUUAUCCAAAACAACAAUAUUGGAUAGAGCAACCAUGGCGAUUACUGGGCUUAGCUCUCUUCCUCGUCUUCGUCUACAUUACCUUUCCUCCUCUUCAACUUCUUCGCCGACUGCUACUUGCAGUACUUUCACCAAGCGAAGAGCCUUGGUUUUAGGUACGGGUCUUGUGGCGGUGCCUUCUUUACUCAAUUCAAAGCUAUUUCUAUUUGACUACUCCGCGAUUGCGCUGCAACAAAACCGAGAUGAUGAACUCCAACAAGAAGAGGAUAGAAUUGUUAACAUUUUCCAGGAAACUUCGCCAUCGGUUGUUUUUAUUAAAGAUAUUGAGUUAGCCAAAAUACCAAAGAGCUCAUCUGAUGAAAUCAUGCUUAAUGACAAUGCUAAUGGCAAAGUAGAAGGAACUGGGUCAGGCUUUAUUUGGGAUAAGCUUGGUCACAUUGUCACUAAUUAUCACGUUGUUGCAAAAUUAGCAACAGACCAAAGUGGGCUACAACGUUGUAAGGUAAACUUAGUUGAUGCCACGGGCAAAAGCUUUUCCAAGGAGGGGAAGAUUGUUGGUUUUGAUCCAGCAUAUGAUUUGGCUGUUUUGAAGGUUGAUGUUGAGGGGUAUGAAGUAAAGUCUGUUGUCAUUGGCAGUUCUCGUGAUCUACGUGUGGGUCAGAGCUGCUUUGCAAUUGGAAAUCCCUUUGGAUAUGAAAACACUCUAACAACAGGGGUGGUCAGUGGCCUAGGCAGGGAGAUACCUUCACCAAAUGGAAGUGCUAUACGAGGAGCUAUUCAGACAGAUGCUGCUAUCAAUGCAGGGAACUCAGGUGGGCCAUUGAUUGAUUCCUAUGGCCAUGUUAUUGGUGUUAACACUGCAACUUUCACUCGCAAGGGGACUGGGAUCUCAUCUGGUGUGAACUUUGCAAUACCAAUUGAUAUCGUUGUACGCACAGUACCCUAUCUUAUCGUGUACGGAACACCUUAUAAAGACAGGUUCUGAAGUUAUUUUAUGUUCAACCAUCAAGAAUCCAAAUCUUGUUGAUCCAGAAACACGCUCAACCUUACUACGAAAGACGUAAAACUCUAAGUCUCUGCAAUUGCAAUUUUAUUAUUUAUAUCUCCUACACGACAUAAAACUCAUGUUGAACUGCAUAUAUAAUACAGAAUUAGCCAUUAUCAUGCAGGAGAUAUGAUACUAUAACUGUAGUUUCUCUAUAUAGACUUCGUUCCUCA